UUGAAUUUCUUCAUGCACAGCUGGACUCUUUAGUCUCUCUUACAUGCAGUUAACUUAAUGUAUAUUGACUUGUUUAUUACAAACAAGUUCUUUUGAACUGAUGUUUUAGCAGCCACUUUGUUGCAACAAGCAUGAGUGACAGGUAUUCACUCGGAAAUAUAUUUGGCAAAAGUGCAAACAAUAUCGAAGAUUAUGACGUAGUAGAAUUAGAAGAGACCAGCUUUUUUGGAAAACUACGAGCCAAGCAAUUAGAUCAAAAGCUGGACGUGUCUAUCAACAGCAGCUGUGAUGAGGUGCAAGCAGUCAGUUCAGUUUCUGACCAAAUAUUAGGGCUAGAUCUGAUUCUCUUACGACAACUCGACAAACUGGGAACACCUUUCACUCAUGUAAUCAAUGUGACAUUCGACGAAGUGACCGACAUGCUUUUGGACAGCAAGGAAGAGGCGCAAGGUAAACGCAUCCCAGACACAUCUUCUACAGAACUUGGGCUGGCAUCAAAAAGGUGUUGCACAUUUGACAAAAAAGAAGCAGAGAAGGUGCAAGAAGUCGCUUGGAAAGAUGCUGGUAAAUUCAUGAAAGCAUGCAAUUCCCUCGCAGGAGAGGGACAACGUCUACUCGAUUGUUUGACAAGAGAUGCAAACUUCGACAUGCUGAAACAAGCUCUUCAACGAGAUGGUGGUAAUGCAGAAAAAUCUGUACGAGAAUGCCUAGCCUACCUGCGAAUAGAUAAAUGUCCAUUGGUUGCCACCAGCACAACUUUUGCGGCAAAGAUAGAACUAUUAAAUUUACUGUUGAAAGGACAAGGUCUGGAGAUACAAACAAAACGCACGUCAUUGCCUUGCAUGUUUGAAAUGAAGCAUGGCCAAACGCGACAAAUGAAGGUACAUCAGAGCAAGUCUUCCAAAGAAGAAUGCUCCCGACUGCUAGUUCCUGAUUUUACAAAUGAACAAAUGAAUAACUACUUGAACGAUAGACGGAUCGCCAAAUCACCUUCCAAUUUUUCCAAAUAUGAAAAAGUUGAUAUAAUUCUUCCUGUCGAGAUUCUAAAGGGUGGAGUAACUCUUGUAGACACUCCUACUCUUACCAUGGAAACUGACAAGAAAGACUUUGCUAAGAAGUACCUGCAAAAGUGCGUAACAUUUGUUUUUGUCUUGAACACAGCCAUACAAAUUUAUCAGAAGUCGUCUACUAGCCCUUCGCUUUAUGACUACGACACUGAGCAGUUGAAUACGUCAGAAGUCACCAAAACGUUAGUAGCAAAUAAACAAAAAGUCAAUGACAAAGAUUUGCAGUUACGUGAAAUGGAGCAGCGAUUUGAUCGAUUCGAUACAGGAAAGACACUCAUCCAACCGAUAGAUACAAAACAAGAUGAAAACGACGACAAGACUACACCAAGCAAAAUGAAGCUUCACUUAUAUAAACAUUACAGGUGUUUGCAAAGAGUUUGUGACAGAGUUGAAUGCACCACGAAGCGCUUUUUUGACUAUGCUCAACUAGCUAGCUCUGAUGAUAAAGAACUUUUAAAAACUAUCUUAGAAGCUAAAAGAAAAACUCUUCGCAAAGAAAGUCAGCGUGUAUGCAUCAAUUUCAAAAAUUAUGUUGACGGUUUAAGUUGUUCAGAAAUUGUUCAAUCACUUCGUGAACAUUUUCAAAUGCUAACGUUUGACAAUUGCGGCUCUUGGAUACAAGAACUAAGUCUCAAAACUGAAAGUAAAUUUGACACUGCAAAAGCAAAGCUUUUCACGAAAUCAAAAUUUUUUGAAUUGCUAAAUAAAUGGGAAAAUGAGAGUUUUAUGUUGGAAAGUCAAAGAAACGAAAUGGAAGUAGAAGUUAUUCGACAACUCAGCAAACUUACUAUUACUUCACCAGUCGAAAUCUAUUUGCCAGGAUUACAGUUUCGGCUGCUCAGGGUUAGAAGAAAUAUAAUCGCGGCUCUUCGCCAGCCUUACUUUAAAAAUUUACAUGUUAGCAGAGAUAAAACAGAUUCAAAAACUGUUGAAAAGAGAAUGGAAAGUAUGGCAAAAAGGACGCUAGAAAAAUUACUUUGUGGCAACGCUUUAGAGCAGCUAGUCAAGACUUCAUUGGGUCUUACUGAAGUAGUAAAUGUUUUUGAGAAAGAAGUCAAGAAAGAAAUAGACAUCGCACUGGAGGAAGUGGAUGAUCUCCGCAAGAUCAAACAGGCCGACCAUUCUACUUCUACAUACAAAUCAUUUGUCGAAGAAUGCAAAAUAAUUCGUGAAAAUCUUUUUCAUUGGGAGAUCGAUCAUCUUCUAGGAGAAGACUUUGUCAAGAGCAGCAAUGUUACUCUAGCCAGUGUGAGUGAAAAGUAUUUGUUGGGCAGUGGCAGUAUUUUUGCUUACUAUAAUGGAGUAAUGCAAGGAGUCGAUCGUCAGAAAGAACUGGUGACGAUCAAAAGAUAUGUUUUGCAAGCUAAUCUUGACACUGUAAUCAGAGAUUACAAACGUCUCAGGAAUGAGAAAUCGCCAUUGUUAGGGAGGGCGAAAGGACUGGUAAAGUUAGAACUGUCCGCCAGCAUUGGUACUGAACUUGCCGUUGUCAUGGAAGGCUGCAACGAAUGCUUACAUGAUAUACUCAAGAAGACAUCUAAUCUUGGAGGCUACAAUCCUUCAGCUGUUCUAUCGCUAACAUUUCCGCUAGCUUGUGAAAUAUGCGAAGCCCUAGACACUUUGCACAGGGAAUGCUUUGUUCACGGUGAUCUAUCCUCCUCUACUGUUAUGCUAACAAAAAUUGCCAGUAAAACAAAAACAGCAGCAGAAGGUAAAGUUGUUCAAUAUAGAGCUAAAAUUUAUCAUGCUGGUUUUCCUUUCGGACAACGUUUGCAACGGCCAAUUUCAAUCGUCUUACUUCCAGGGAAGUACUCGGCGCCGGAAGUAAUUGAUCUUAUUGCCUACCAACCAUCAAUGGAUGUUUACAGUUUUGGACAUAUCUUGUCUGACCUGUGGUAUGGUAACGACGACUGCGCAUUCAAAAGUCCUCGCAAACCUAUGACCACAAAACGUGUUCAAGAAAGUCUUAAUUCUUCAAUGCUGGACGAGCAAACGAUUGAAGAAGGUUUCGCAAAUAGUCUCACGCCACGUGAUUAUCAGACCACUUCCGUGUUUGAAGAGCCAACUAUAGAAUACAAACAAUUGAUCAUCGCAUGCUGUCAAAAUCUGGCAACAAAUCGACCAUCUAUUGAUGACGUCAAAGCGAAUCUUCAGGAUAUGGCUAGAAACUACAGGAGCACAAAAACACAACUUUAGUAAUCAUAUUUUACUACUGUUAGACGUUUGCAAAGUUCUGGAACUUAUAUUUUUAAUUACUCACUAUUUUUUAAAUGUUGGUACACAAUUAUUACUAGCAAUUGUAGCUAUCUCCGUCAGAGUAAGUCUUUGCAAAUUUGAUUAUUUGAAUGGUACAAACUUGUUGUAGAGUACGUUAACCAUUGAAAUAUAGUAGAAGCACACUCUCGAGCUUUGUGUUGCAGAUACAACGUUUGCAGGGCG